AUGAAUCAACAGGUUCCUAUUGAAGGAAGGGGUGACAUUGAGGGAAGGAGACGAGAAAAUGAGGAGGCUGCGCGUAACGAUGCGGAACCUCCAGUAGUGCAGCAACGAGUGGAGAAUAACAACCAACCACAAUGGGGUCUUUUCAGCUGCGUUGACGCAGUUUUGCUGAAUGGUCUGCCACAUCCUAGAAAUAUGAUGUUGAAUGAUUUUUUGAGGCGUAAUUUUGGCAGAAGAUAUAAUGUGAAUGAAGAAAAUAAUGUAUCAAUGUCUGCGUUCGUACUGGAACCUGAAGAGUAUAUUAAUGACGUUAAUGCGCUCAAUCGAAUAUUCGCGACAACAGAGUAUAAAGUGUACAAACGUUUUGUCAGCGUCUAUGGUUUCUUUGAGGAUGAGGGAAUAUUGAAUCUUCAGCGCUGGCAACAAGCAGAUGAGGAAGCAAAGGUCAGGUUACAGGCGGAUAUUCGUGGACUGAGAGAUGGAGAGCGCCUUUGGAUUGUUGUCACUAACAUGUUGAAUGAUGCACUCAAUGAAGCAAGGGAACGAGCUGCUCAAACAGCUUGUAGUGCUGUCGAACUGAAAGGAUUGUAUGAAUCCAUAUAUAAUGCGAAAUGGAGUUAUGUGAUGUCGGGUUAUCAUACAGAGCCACUUGGCAUGAAAGUGUUCGAUGGAAGGCCGCAGCGCAUGUGGACCGAAGAAGAUGUGGAUAUAACUCCUCUUCCUGCGAAUGUUGAUGCAGAGAUUGAGGAGAGACCCGAUGGUUUGGAGAUUUUUGUUCUCACUUCGGAGAAAGGUUGGCCAUACAACAGGUUUGCAUUGGAUUACACUACGGGGCGCAAAGUAGUAUUUCAGCACGUAUACAUCCGUCGUGAAAUUGUGCGCGUGUGGUAUAAAGUCGAAAAAGAUCUGAAAACAUGGUGGGUGGAAAAGACAGCUCACAGACCACCGAUACAUAUUGUUAUUGGUACACCUGGUAUUGGUAAAUCAUAUGGCCUUGGAUCAUUUUUGCUUCAUUCGUUGCUUCACUUCCAUGAAGGAAUGCUUGAUGUUGUUGCAUAUUUCACAGACACGAUCGCCUACUUAAUAUAUAACAGAAAGGGUGAUGAAAGAGGGAGGGUUGUGCGGUACGAAUAUUUGAGAGCUGCGGUCAACGCCAUAAAUAAAAUGAAAUUUGAAAACAGAGGACACAUUAUUAUGGACAUAAGGUAUGCAAUGCAGCAGCUUUACACUCAACUUCCCUCUGAUGUUUGGAGUGUAACUAUUUUCACUUCCCCGAAUAGUUCCCACUUUGGUAACUGGACUACAAUUACGGGAGGCCGCCAAAUUAUUAUAAACUGUGAUGAUGUGCGUGACAUGAAGGCAUUUGUGGCAUGGAAAAAACUGUCAAUACAUACAAGGGAAAAGGUAUCCAACAGAAGAAGACACGAAUUGAGGAAGGAAAUGGAAGAUGAGUGGAGAAUAGUGGAGGGACGUAUUAAUUCAAUUGGGCUUUUGCCUCGUUAUAUAUUUGUUUUAAGCUGUUAUGAAUGGCGUCUGAAAAGAGUUCAUGAUGCGUUGGAAACUAUGAAGAAGUCGGAUGAAUAUUCCUAUAAUGAUAUUAUUGAGCAUACCGCUGCCUGGAAGAACAAUGAAGUUACGGAAAAGUUGGUAAAGGUUGUAAGAGUAAAGGGAAAUGUUGGAUUUAUCGAAUCAUUUAAAUUUCAAGCUCUAUCACUGAUGAUUCGAAAUAUGAUGAUGAGUUAA